AUGAGUAUUAUCCCGCGUUAUCUCUCGGAACCAGCAUAUACUAUUGAUGUUCCCUCCAAACAAGAAUAUAAUGGAACAUCACUACAGCCAGUCAGUUUUCAAAGAUUUUCACCAAAGUUUCAAAAAUGCAAAGGCAAAUUCAACUAUAAUUCAUAUAAAAACUAUAAUACGAAGAACGACGAACUUCCCCUAAAGAAUCCACUUCAGUUUACAUUUAAACUACGUCGUUCAAUUCCUCAACCUAUUAAUCCUGUUUACUGCAAGGAUCCAAUGAAUAGCUUCCCAAACUUGUAUACGAAUAAAUAUCAAAUUGUUCCAUACGCAGAGCCAUUUCAAUUCACUUCUCAAUAUCCCGAUUCGAAAUACGUUGAAGAAUGGCCUCGCAUUACCAUCAAUUAG